UUUCCCAAACUCAAAACCUGACUAGUGUCAAAUAUUAACUGCAACACAAACAGAGCAAACAGAAUCCGAGUAAACACUCCCUGGGGGCCGCAAAGAUGAGCUUUCACAUACACUCUUACAACACACACUCUUACAACACACACCCAUACACAUGUACACACAUAUCCACGUACAUUUACUCUCAGACACAUACACAACACACUCAGUCAUUCGCAUGAACACAUACACACUAUUGUGUUCACAUGCACACUCGUACAACAAGCAUGCAAACGGCCGUGCAUGCACACCCACACACACACUACUUACCCAGGAAGAGUAACUACAGCAUACUAAUAGUAUAUAGUGUAGAUGGGGAAGAGUAUUAAAGGUAUCAAGAUGUUUAUGGAAAAAAUAAUAAAUAUUGUAAAGAUUGACUACUGGUCAUGUCCAGUUAUGUUGGUACAGAGUACCAGCUCCAGCUAACUCAUUGAUCCCACUCUGUGAACUCCUCGUCCGUGGUGGGGUGGGAUCCAUCCACCCAUGCCAAACCUAAGCUCCCCACCAGGGACAGGCCCCCAUAUGACAGGACCUCUCUCUUUUCUCUGAACUCCAAGCCAGGACAGCUGUUUGGACUUGAGUUCAAUCUCUCUCUUCUUCUCACACUCUCCUCUCUGUCCCUCGUCUCCCCCUGAUGCCUCCCAAAGGAGCAGAGAUCCAUCGCACUGCCACAGACUUCAGCUGCACGCCUUCACUGUGGACAACAGUAACCUUUAGGUUUGCAUCUCAGAGCGCAGCUUAAAAUAGGCAAUGAUAUCACAGCUAGGAGACUGAGGAGACCUGUCGUCAAGCAUUGAUAUAAAGAAAUGUUUGGAGAGUUGCAGAUUCCUCAGGUGUGUGGUUCCCCGUAUGUGUGUUGAUAGAUUAAGCGGGUGUUCCCAGAGACUGACUGUGGAUCAGCUGUCCAGAUGAGAGAGUGGAGUGAGUCGGAGAUGACCAUGUCUGCCGGUGGUUACCUCUCUGCCUCUGAUGGAUAUGGCAUCACCGAGCCUCUGCAGUACUACGAUGUGCUGGGGGACCCUUUGGGCUACCCUUUCCAGGAGCCAGACCUACAGGGCCUAGCCUUCAGCCAGCAGCAGUACAGCCCCAUCAAUGUGCAGUUCUCUGUCUACGGACCGCCGAACUCCCAGCACUUCCACCCACCUUCCACCCACCCCUACAGCCCCCACUGCCUGGACACUCCCUGCGAGCCCAGCCCGGAGCCCCAGUGUGGAAGCCUGGGGAAGGGGCGAGGUGGGGGAGAUUUGUCCCUGGUCAAGAGGACCAGGCUGGGUCCAGGAGGAAGGGUGAGGGGCCAGGAUGAGCUGUGUGUGGUGUGUGGGGACAAAGCCUCUGGCUACCACUACAACGCCCUCACCUGUGAAGGCUGCAAAGGUUUCUUCCGAAGGAGUGUGACGAAGAAAGCAGUGUACCGGUGUAAAAGUGGCGGAGGCUGUGAGAUGGACAUGUACAUGCGGAGAAAGUGCCAGGACUGCCGCCUGCAGAAAUGUCGUGCUGUGGGCAUGCUGGCUGAAUGUCUGCUGACGGAGGUGCAGUGCCAGUCCAAGAGGCUGAGGAAGGGGACCAAACACAGAGGAGGAGGGCCUGAGGAGGAGGAGAACAUGGGGAGCAGGAGAGUCAGCUCCACCAGCAGGCUAUCAGGACAGGUAGUGUCUGAAAAUUUGUCAGUAGAACAGAAGCAUGUGCUGGACAGGAUGGUGGAGGCUCAUCGGCAGUACAGUGCGCAGGACACUACACACUGUAGGGUGUUUGAGUGGACUUGUACGGAGGUUGGUGGAGACAGACUAACAGACAUGGCAUGCCCUCCCUCUCAGAGGCUACUGCAGUUCGCCAAGAGUGUACCUGGCUUUGAGCUCCUGGACUGCUUGGACCAGACCACCCUCCUCUCUAGUUCAUCUGUGGAAGUCAUGUUUCUGCUAUCAGCUCAGCAGUUCACCCAGAACCCAGCAGCCUCUAGCCCAGCACUACAACCUUUCAACAUCUCAACUCAUCAUUGGCUGAAAACCUUAGAGUCCAAGGAAAACAUUCAUAGUGGGACCGGCCCUGUAAACUCAGGAGUCAAUGAGGACUUGCUAGGACCGGUGCUCAACUUCUUCCACAGCAUGGCUUCAUUGGGGGUGACGGAGGCUGAAUAUGCCCUGCUCACUGCUACAGCACUACUAUGCUCAGACGAAGCGUCGCUGCGGGCGGUGGUGUGUGUGGAGAGCUUACAGGAGCUGACCAUGGAGCUGCUGUCCAGGGUGUGCGGAGCCCGGUAUGGAGCCCAGGGCCCUCAGGGAGCCCAGCGCUUCGCUCGCCUGCUGGGGAGACUCACAGAGCUGCGCACGCUACGACACAACCACCUCACCCUGCUCCGACAGCAGCUCUGGGACAGUCAGCCUUGAGACAGACACUGAGUACGAAGAUCAGAGAUAGAACAGAGAGACAGAGACACAAACAAAUGGUUUAAAUAAUCUACAUUUUGCUUAAUGUUCAAUGUUUUAUCAAGUUUGUACCAAACAAUUUAAGGUAACACUAUUGGCCAUUUUUAAUUAUUAUGUUUAUAAUGAAAAAUACCAAUACCAUUCUUCUACGUGAUUGGUUUCUACUGUAAAGUUUGAAUCACCGACCGGUGUUAAACCAAAGUGAGUUUUGUUAUAUGGAGAGCACAGAUUAAGGUAUUAAAAAAGUAUUUUAUCAUA